AGCAGCAGUCAGUGAGUCCGCAGCUUCACUUCUUUGCACUCACAUCAGUGUUCGUUACAUUUCACCUCGGGAGUGAUACAGGAUUUACUGCAACCGGCUUAUCUGAAGGCUUCGUCCGUGAGCGUUCACACAGUUUGUUUUUUUGUUUUUUUCUCCGACGGAAACUGACAAACGAAGAAAAUGCGUCUCAUCCACAACAUGACGACCAUUGCGGAGUAUCCUGCACCUGAAUACUCGGUCCCCAACCGGGCCAUUAAAAUGGCUGUGAUAGGAGGCAGCGGAGUUGGCAAAACAGCGCUCGUGGUGAGAUUCUUAACGAGGCGCUUCAUCGGAGACUACGAGAGAAAUGCUGGUAAUCUGUACUCCAGAGAAGUCCAGGUGGAUGGAGAACAAGUGACCAUCCAGGUUCAAGACACUCCUGGUGUGGAGAUGACGGAUAAUGGCAUCAGCCUACCCGAUCAUGUGACCUGCUCCAUCCAGUGGGCGGACGCCGUGGUGCUGGUGUACUCUGUGACAGACCGCCGCAGCUUCGAUCUGAUCGACCAGCUGCACCAGCAGGUCGUCCGUGCUGGCGGCGCCAAUAUGCCCCCCGUGAUCCUUCUGGCGAACAAGGCGGACCUGCUGCACCUGAGGCAGGUCGACUCCCAGCAGGGUCCUCUGCUGGCGGGGACGCUGGGCUGCUCUUUCUACGAAGUAUCAGCCAGCGAGGACUACAGCCAGGUGCACAUGGCUUUCCACCGGCUGUGUUGCCAGCUCGCCAAGCAGCCACCUCCUCCCACCUCCAACAACUCCACUGCCAGUGCUGCCACGGAGAAGAGGCGCUCGCCCCUCAUCCCCAGGCCAAAAUCGCCCAACAUGCAAGACCUGAAGCGGCGCUUCAAGCAAGCACUGUCGGCCAAAGUCAGGACUGUCACCUCUGUGUGAGAAGAUGCUGAAAGUGGUCCAGAGUGGCCACAGAGAAAGAAAGCAUUGAUGUGGAAGAGAGAACAGAAGAUUCACGCUUCUCCACUGGAGUUCUGUACCGGUCUGUGAGGGCAGGUGUGACUUAAACAGUGGUAGGCUGCCUGUUUACACAGGUAAUGACCUCUGGGUGGGCAGGUGUCUUGUCAGAUACCGUGUGAGGAGAAGGAGCCCGGAGGUUCAGGAGUGAGACCUGAGGACACAGGAGCAGCCGUGUGACGCUGACUGAACCACAGACUCUCUGCAUAUAAAGUCAAAACUAUAAACCAUCUCUCCUGGCAACAGCAGCUCUGAAGGACUCUGCAGCAUAUUUUUAGCUGCGCUGCCCUUUUGUGGCAGAGUUUUAGUCAGACUGCCACUCCACAGCACCAUCACUGCUGGUAUUAUUAGAGCAGCUUAUUGAGCCAGGGCUCUGUACAACCGUGUGUGUGUAUGUUCUCAGUCUCUUUAAUGUCAAUACCCUGCAAUGUAUUAUAUUUGCAGCAUCCUGAACCAUCAUUGUGCAUGAGACUGACGAGGCGGGUGGGGGUUGUAGAGGGGCAGCAGACACCGUAUGUAGCAUGUGGCGGUUGUUAUCACUGAUGCACUUUAUAAAAAAAAAAAAAGGAAUAAUCCAAAGGGCCUUUUUUAUUUAUAUUGUUACCAAUUCAUGUGGUGUUGACAAUAAAAUUAUUAUGAAUUUGA